AUGGUGGCGGAACGGUGGCGGCGGCAGCGACAGAAGCGGCGUUGGGGGGUACCGGUGCUGCUGGUGGUCUACGUGGGCUAUGUGGGGCUGGGCGCCGCGGUGCUGCAGGCGCUGGAGCGGCCGGCCGAGGCACGGGCUGCUCAGCAUCUCCUGCGACAGCGCUGGGAGCUGCUUGCCAACCACACCUGCCUGCGGGGAGCCUCCCUGCAGCGGUUCAUCGAGGGUAUUGUCCAAGCCUACAAGAGUGGCAUAACCCUCCAGGGAAACACCACUAGCCUGGGCAGGUGGGACUUCAGUGGGUCCUUCUUCUUCUCCAUCUCUGCAAUAACAACCAUUGGCUAUGGGAACCUGAGUCCCAGCACUGCGGCUGGUCGAAUCUUCUGCAUCUUGUUUGCACUCUUUGGGAUCCCCUUGAAUCUUGUACUCCUGAAUGAAAUUGGGCAGCUGAUGCUGUUGGGGGUUCAGCAUUGUAGCCAUCGCCUAGAAGAGGCAUUUCAUUUGCAGAAAAAAUCUUCCCUGCUGAUUAAGACCUCUGCGCUGGUGACUGGCUUGUUAUUGUUCCUUCUGUUACCUCCAUUGUUGCUCUCUGACAAAGAAGGCUGGUCUUAUGAAGAAGGCUUCUAUUAUUCCUUCAUUACCCUCAGCACUAUAGGAUUUGGAGAUUAUGUGAUUGGGAUGAACCCAGACCGUACCUACCCAGCCUGGUACAAGAAUGUAAUCUCUCUGUGGAUCCUCUUUGGGAUGGCCUGGCUAACACUGGUUAUCAAACUUUCCAUCAACUUUCUAGAGAGCUCCAGUGACUUCUGUCAGUGCAACAGGAGCAUGGUAGAAAAGUUCAUGGAUGGCAACAGAAAUAGUACAACGGGACUUCAUGAUGUGGAGAUCUGCAAUGACAAAGACACAAAAUAAAAAGGAUCAGAUGAACCUCACACCUACACAGCUCCUGCAGAAGCACUCUAGGGAAGAGUCAUACCCUUGGUGUCUCUUAGGUUUUAGUGCACCAGAGAUGCAUCACUUAGAUAUUCGGGAACAGAACUGUCCCAAAGUUCACAUGGGGUAAAAUCCUGCUUAUUGAGCUUGAAAUGUUUCUAUUCUGAACAGUGAUGACAGCAAAAUGUUUCAUUCAGAGCACUGCCAAGAAUUACCAAUGGGAAUUAGCCAAAUCUUAGCCAAAAACAGAUAUUGCCCAACUUCCCACCUCAAUAUAUGAAGAAAACUUUGACAUCCAUAUUCAACAUUAGCUGUAGUCCUCUUCUUUACAUGCAAAGUUCUUAUAGUCCCUAAUUGUAAGUAUAGCAUUUUGCAAACACCACUACUAGAAAAGCAAGUGCCAUUUAAUGCAGGAAAUGUUGCUGAAAGAGUUAAUGAAAAGUACUAUAUAAAGCCACCUGACAGUCACUACAAAUGUGCUUCAUCACCUGUAUGCUUGUGCUUGCCAAAGGUGGUACCAUGCUUUUGAUAAUUAGUACAUGGAUAGCAAUGAGGCAGAGCUCAUACAGGUGCUUAAUAGAAACAUAAUUCCUUUUUUUUAAAUAAAUUUCUACAUCAG